CUCUAUCUCUAUCUAUCUCUCACUCAAACACUAACACUAACAUAGUACACAUACUCACAGCAUGCGCUCUGCGCACCGCUCUGAUCUAUACACACUCGAACGCAGCAGCAAGCAUCCCUGUGCGACUGUCUUGGAAAAGGCAAAAGGUGCGCAUCCUAUGAAGCGCUGUUUUGUUUGUUUUUACUGUUCUCAGCAAACGAGGAAAUAUCAUCUUAUUCUGACAUACUCUGGAGUUUGGAAGCACCUGCUCCUGUUCUGGGGUCAACAAUUUAAAAGGAGACUUCUGAGGCAUAGCGACAGAGACACCAGAGCGAGGAUGUGUGGGGAGGACGUGGACCUGGAUGAUGGGGGCUCAGGUGACGAGGAGAAGGAGCAGGAGUUCUGGGUGGGGGAGGGGGUGAAGAUGCUGCCCCCUCCCCUGGCCCACAGUGAGGGCAGUGCGUGGGGCAGCCGCCGGGGCAGGUGUGGCUGUGUGGCGUGCGGGGCGGGGCUGCUGUUGUGGAACGUGGGCGUAGUCCUGGUGUGUGUCCUGGUCCUGAUGGCCGUGUUCACCCUGGUCCUGCUGCCCGCCUCGCUGCUGCUCUACGUCGGCUUCCUCUGCCACUCACGGGUCCUAGACUCCCACUCUCCUUUCUGCCGUUACCUCGACGACAACAGUUGCUCCGCCCUUAUUAUCCUGGGCUUCGUGAUGAUGUCACCGCUGGUGGUGGUCGCUGCAGCCAUCUUCUGUGGGCUGCUCCGGAGGCUGCGGCUCCUCCUGCUGUUUCAGCCAAUCACACGAGCCUGGUACCGUGGACCGGGCUUGGACUGGGGAGGCGACGUCCUUGCUUGGGUUUGAUUGGACCAACACUAAUAAACCAGUUGUCUAAAAAUUUAAUAGGUCAACGGUCAAGAGAGAAUCCAGUCCUGGAGAAUCACUGUGUCACCUAAUGUAUUUAGUGUCCUAUUAAACUGUAGUGAAUGUCAUACAAUCAAAUGAACGUAACGGGAACCAGUACAAUUAUUUAAAAACAGAGCUUGACAUGUUAACAAGGCAGUGGUUAGGGGACUAUUGCUAGUCAGAGAGGAGACAGUGGAGGUAAUGGUGGGAUAUACUAGCAGCUGUUCUCUGUGAAUUUGUAUUGGUUAUGUAUAUUUAUAUUUUUCUGUUAACAUAUAGUUGUGAACAUGAUGUAGCAGAUAAACGAAACAGUAUUGCAUAAACUGUCACUCAAAUGUCUAGAAUGGAAGGAAAAUAUGUUUACAAACUUACUUCAUUUGGCAGAUGUUGUUCAUUCUAUUGAUUUCAUUAUUUUCACCAUCUGGGUUAAAGGGCAAUUCUGCCACUUUUCAACCUCAUAUUCAUUAUCUUCAGCACCAAACCAGUAUCUAAAUCAAAUAGAAUUGUAUUGGUUGCAUACACAUAUUUAUCAGAUGUCAUUGUGCGUGUAUCAAAAAGAUCCAACAGUGCUGUAAUAGUGUGUGUGUCUGAAUAAUGAUGAGAAAGUUACACGCACAAAUAUUAUACACCUCAAAAAUGCUAACUUCCCCUGUUAUAGUAAUUGUGAGAGGUUAGCAUGUCUUGGGGGUAUGAUAUUUGUGAGUCUGUCACUUUCUCACUCAUCAUUAUUCAGACACACUCUCUCAGACACACACUUUAAGUAUUAAUGGUGAUAAGAGGGAGGGUUCCAGUACAGUGGGUCUGCAGUGGCAUGAUUCACUCUGCCUGGAAUAAUGUUUGAUAGUCAUCUUCAGACUCCUCAUUAAACUUCAAACUCUCCAACUUUAGAUGUACUGUACAUGCACUGAUGUGGCCCAAUUAACUGGGGUUUAAUGUGACCAAUUUUAACACUGAGUAGCUCAAUAGACUGUUCUCUUUUUAUACACUCAGGGCUGUUACUGUAACUAACACACACUGUUAAAAUAAAGUGCUUUGUAACGCUAA